CUCAUUCACUCGUUGAGAGGUUAAGAGAGAGAACUCUCUAAAGCCUCCAUUCUUCUCUCUCUCUCUCUCCUCUUUCUUCCCACGCCCACGUGAGUGGUGAGAUCGGAUCAAUCUUUGCUACUCUUAUGUUAUUGCCCUAAUCUUUACCAGCUACAGCGAAGCUUCUGCGACUGUUAAGCUUUUUCACGAUCGAUCUUAUCAGGAAUUGGGUUUAAAAUCAAGGGAUCAUUUUGAGGUUGCAGAACGUCCAUGGAAGUUGGGACUCGAGAUUCAGGUCAGCCUGUAUUGACGGCUGAGGAAGAGUUUCUGAAAAGAAAUACGGAUUGCGUUUAUUUCCUUGCGUCGCCUUUGACCUGUAAAAAGGGAAGUGAAUGUGAAUAUCGCCAUAGUGAAGCUGCCAGGAUUAACCCCAGGGAUUGCUGGUAUUGGAUGAAUGGUAACUGCUUGAAUCCAAAAUGUGCAUUCCGGCACCCGCCACUCGAUGGCUUGAUAGGAACCCCAGGAACACCUUCAGUGGGAUUGUCUGCACCGCCUUCACAAAGUGUAUCAUCACUGCAAAUGCCUCCAGGCCAUACUCCUGCUUAUAGCUCGGGAAAACCAGCUGUUCCCUGCUAUUACUUCCAGAAAGGGCUUUGUUUAAAGGGUGACAGAUGCACCUUCAUGCAUGGACCACAACCCCUCGGUAAUCCACCACCACGGCAACAGGAACCAAAAACUGCUACAACUGUUGCUGAGCCCCAGAAUCCAAAGAAGACUUAUGGGGGCCUUGAAACACAUCCACAACAGACGACACAAGAGAACAUUAGAAAGUCAGGUUUCAUAGCUGGUUUUGGGGGCCUUGAAAGGUGUGAUCAACAACAGACUACACAAGAGAACAUCAGAAAGUCAGUCGACGUUUUGCCUCCACCCAAACCUGCUAUGAAACCUGAAACUUUUCCUCCAAAAAGCAGCAUAGUUAAGAGAAAUAUACUGCCACCCACCACAGUGGAUGAGGAGCGUCUUAAAUACAUAACAAAUGCUCCCUCUAAUGCCAGUGGGAACUCUGUACCAAGGCCCCAGCGUAGUCGCCAGGCUCAGGCAUUUGAUGACCGUGUCUUCCAGGAUGGUAAAGAGGCUGAUGAGUUCUUAAGGGAAUCCUCUCCUGGUUUUGAUGUUCUUGUUGAUGAUGAACUCAGGGAUUCUGAUUACUAUCAUACGGAAGAUGAGUACAGAAGAACAGCCAGCCAUGAGGGAAGGCGUUUGAACACUGUGAAUGAUUUUGAUUAUGACCGUUCAGUUGAUUAUGCUCCAUUUGCUAAAUAUGACCGAGAACCAUAUGAUGAUUCAUGUGGCUAUGAUUCAUAUGGGCAAGUGCAAGAUCAGUAUGCUUGGGAAAAGCGAAGGGCUUCAUCUGAGAGGACAGAGAGGCCAUCUGUGCCAGAAAAGAGAGGUUUCUCUAGAGUUGAGAGCCUUGAUCAGAUUGAUGAGUCAGAUCUGCGCCGACGACUGUCAAAGCAGAGGAGGGUCAAUGGUUUGAGGUCUGCAGUUAGCCCUGACCGUCAUGGUGAUAUUCAUUGGAGGGAUGACCGUAAUCGCCACAUUCAAGGCCAAAGAAAUCUGGGUCAUUCUCGGAGAGAUUCGCACCAUAUACCUUAUGAGAGUUCCAGAAGCAACAGGCUGCAAGGUCGACUUACACUUCCUGGGAGAUCUUCACCAGACAGAAAUCUGAAUGAUUUGCGUCCAGCGAGGGAAAUAGAUAGGGGAAUGAGCCGCAGUAGAUUGUCACCAGGCAGGCCUCCAAUAUCCUCCCACCAGGUGCGUGAAGGAAGAAUAAAACGGCAAGGCCAGGACGACUUUAGAGAGGCCAGAAAUAUUAGAGGGGUUCCUAACAGAAGAGAUGAGGUGGAUAAUAACACUCCAUAUUUUGCUGGUCCAAAAAGCCUUGCUGAGUUGAAAAAUUCUAAGGUCUCAGAGAGCACUGAAGCUCGGAAUGCAAAGGUUCGACAAGUGUCACAGCUAAAGGAGCAGAAAAACUUAGAACUCGGACAACCAGUGGGUCAUGAAGAAUCUGAAGGUUCACUUCCUUUUGAGGGCCCAAAGCCCCUGAGUGAGAUUUUGAAGAGAAAGAGAAAAACAGAAACAGCAUCUUCUGGGAAUAGCACAGUUUCACAAAAUGGGCAGCUGGAUAGUGGGAAAAUAAUUACCGGCAGCUCCAGGAUGUCAGCAGAGAAAGAUUCUGUUCAGACCUCAGAGCCUGAGAAAGAAUCCAAUCAUCAGGCUCAGUGUGAGGAAGAACCAAGGUCCUCAGAUGCUUAUCCAGAUAAAGCUGCUGAAGACAAUGAAGAAGGUCAGAUCACUAUGGAAGGUGAUGAUGUGGUUCACGAAGGUGAAUCUUCGGAUGCCCAAAAGGGAACUGAGCUUGAGACUGAAGAUGGAAUGAUGGUUGAUGAUGCAAUGGAAGAUCAAGAAGAUCAAGAAGAUCAAGAAGAUCAAGAGCUUGAAAACUUUGAUCACAGGGAUGGAGAAUAUGAUUAUGACCAGGCUGAUGUUGGGGAUGAAGAAAAUGUGGACCAGGAAGAGUACUUGGAUGAUGAAGAUGGGGAUGAUUUUGCAAAGAAGAUUGGGGUCAUGUUCUCUUAAGAGAGACGGAGAGAAGGAAAUUGUGGGAGGGACUCAUUUUUAGUGUUUUAAGAGACUUUAGGACUUCUGUUCAAUUUGAAAAGAAUAGAAUGGCUCUUUGAUGUGAGCCGAUUUAGAUGCAGCUGUUGGUUUUCUGCAUAACAGUUAGGAGACCUUGUAUUAAUCAAAGCCUGUUUCUUUGUAUUUAACAUUUGAGCUAAUUCAAAUCUCUUUAUUUCGAGUA